CAUAGCAAAGAGAGCUCUGCGCUUUUGGGCGGGUGGGUUUUGCUGUGGGGUAAGAUUGGCGAAUGAUUCAUACGCUGACGGAAGAGACGAAUUGGUGAAAGAGGUAACUUCAAAAAUUGAGACCCUUCAACGCUUAACAACUGAAAACCCUUUUCUUUUCGUUGUUUCUUUCCUUUUAUUCCUUUGAUAAUUGUGUGGUACAUGUACUGCUGUUAAUAUCGUUUGUUCAUAAUUACUUGUGUUGUAUUAUUGAGUUGAAAUGGAGAAGCCAGCCGUUCAAUAUGGGUGUUGUUCAGUGUGCAUAUUAGCUGUUCGAUCAAAUGCCUAGCUGAUUAUGCUGCCAGAAACUGCAGAAAUCCUUGAAAAAAAUCAUUGGUUCCUAUUUACUGAUUAUUCAGCAUAGAUAAUAUUCAGUGUUGAGGCAGAGUUCAACCAUGCUCUUCCAAGUAGCGAGUUAGUCAUGAAUUUGUGUGGAUUAGAUUAAUUUGAGUUUGGUGAUUCUUGAUUUGUGCUUUAUUCAUUUUAAUUCAACUGAUUGGCGACAGUUGGAAUGAUAUCACAUCUGUCCUGUUACUUUUUCUUUCUUUCUUUCUCGUCUCCCCUUUUAGGUUGAAAAGGGUCACUGAUCAAGUAUUAAAAAAUAUUUCUUUUAUCGAAAGAUUUGGUUGAACGGGUUUGUUGAUAAGCAUCCGAUACAUUGGGGUUGUAGCAUUACUUUAGGAGAAGUUAUGGUAAUGAUAUAGUACCUUGUACCCUUCGAUCUCCCAUUGCAUCUGUAGAGCAGCACCGGGAAUGAAUGUGCCAUGGUUGGUUCGCUCCCAGCUUUGCAGCGAGGCGAAGUAUGCUAAUCCCUUCAUUAUCAAAAUGGCGAAACACAUAGUUGGGGAGCUUUCUCUGCAUCAGGAAUUCGAACAUUUUGCAUUACAUAAGCUGAUCAGCAGUUGUUAGUCCGUAGUCAGUAUCAAGUCAAUACCAAUGUCAAGAAUAGCCUUUGUAACAAGACUGGCCAAGCAGUUAAACAGAGUCAAUGUUGAAAGAGCCGAGUCCCUCUCUUCUUGUUACAAUGCCAUGCGAUACUCCACAAUCUCUAACCAAAAGAAUGAAGAAUCAACGGAGGACAUAAGCCAUUUCACGUCUCAGAAUCGGAUCAAAGGCAUGGGGAGUGUGCCCCGUUGCCAAAUAGGAGAGAACGUUCCAAGAAAGGAAAAAAACAGCUUUCUUGUGGCCACACUUAUGGAUCUCCCAGAUAGCAAAGAAGCCGUGUACAGCGCCCUCGAUGCUUGGGUUGCGUGGGAACAGGACUUCCCAAUUGGGGCGCUGAAGAACGUAUUACUCGCUCUUGAGAAAGAGCAGCAGUGGCACAGGGUAGUUCAGGUUAUCAAGUGGAUGCUAAGCAAGGGACAGGGCACCACCAACGGGACAUACGGCCAGCUGAUUCAUGCCUUGGAUAUGGAUAAUCGGGUUGAGGAAGCGCAAGAUAUUUGGAAGAAGAAACUCGCUUUUGAUCUGCAUUCGGUUCCGUGGAAACUGUGCAAGCUUGUGAUCUCGAUGUAUUACAGGAACAAGAUGUUCAAUGAGCUCGUGACACUAUUCAAGGGCCUCGAGUCUUUUGACCGUAAGCCACCAGAGAAAUCUAUAGUUAGGAAAGUGAGCAAUGCAUACGAGCUGCUGGGGUUGCCUGAGGAGAAGGAAAGAGUAAUGGAGAAGUACAAGAAUCUGUUUGUUGAAUCUUCUAGAAAGAAAAUCAGCCGCAGUGAUUCUCCCAAGAAAGCUAGACCAAGCCAAAAAGGGUGAGUUGAGGUAUGAUGCCCAUUGUAAUUAGGCCAAUUGAUGAUGGUCCACUCUUUAAUUGUGUGAGAAAUUUCCCUAUUUUGAUCAUAUCUUUGAUUUUUGUAUACUCUUUGAUCAUAUCUUUGAGAAAUUAUCUAGGAACUUUGGAUCAGUUGUUUUGUUCUUGUAUUCUCCUUUACCAAAUCAGAAAUUCUCAUUCAGUGCAAGUGGCACUAGUUUUUC